GUAAAAAAGCGUCGUGCACCUAAAGCACCUGACUAGUGAGAGACGUUGUUGCCCGGGCAACGAGCCGACUACCUUUACCUGCUGCAAUGCUAAAAAGACUGUAGGUGUGGAAACAUUCACAUCGUGACUUCCCCUGAGCUUCCAAUAGUCGAGAGGAGAAACUGGCUCAUCCACCAACACUACAUACACAAAGAUUAUGACAUCUGUAAGGUAAUCAUUAAGGAGCAGUUGCAGGAGACAAAUGGAAUGUGCGAAUAUGCCAUAUAUGUGCAAGCACUAAUCUUGCGCCUGGAGGGCAAGAUUCAACAAUCCCUGGAGCUGUUUCAGAGCUGUGCCAUCCUUAAUCCCGGCAGCGCUGACAAUCUGAAGCAAGUAGCCAGAUCACUGUUUUUACUGGGAAAGCACAAAGCAGCGAUUGAAUUCUACCGUGAAGCUGCAAGACUCAAUGAGAAAGACUGGGAGAUCAGUCACAAUCUGGGAGUGUGCUAUCUCUUCAUCAAAGACUUCGCACAUGCCAAGGAGCAACUCAACAUGGCUCUCCAGUUAAACAAACACGACGCAACUUUCAUGAUGCUUGGCAAAGUCCACUUGCUGGCCGGAGAAACUGACAACGCCAUUGAUGUGUACAAGAGGGCAGUGGAAUUCUCUCCGGAGAACACGGAACUGCUGACAACUCUCGGUCUGCUCUUUCUCUCACUUGGUAAAUACCAAAAAGCUUUUGAGCACCUUGGAAAUGCCCUCACAUUUGACCCCAACAAUUAUAAGGCCAUCCUGGCCGCAGGCAGCAUGAUGCAGACCCACGGCGACUUUGAUGUUGCCAUGAACAAGUACCGGGUGGCAGCAUGUGCUGUGCCUGAAAGCCCCCCUCUCUGGAACAACAUCGGCAUGUGCUUCUUUGGCAAAAUAAAAUACGUUGCCGCCAUCAGUUGCCUGAAGCGAGCUCACUACUUGUCUCCUUUUGACUGGAAAGUGUUGUACAACCUGGGGCUGGUACACCUGACCAUGCAGCAGUAUGCUUCUGCUUUCCACUUCCUCAGCGCCGCUAUCAACCUCAGCCCACGAUUGGGCGAGCUCUACAUGCUUCUGGCAGUGGCUUUGACGAACUUGGAUGACGUGGAGAAUGCCACCAGAGCGUACGAGCAAGCUGUGAAUCUGGACCAAGCAAACCCUCUGGUCAACCUGAACUUUUCAAUCUUCCUCUACAACCACGGUGACAAAAAGGGAGCGCUGAAUCAGUAUCAGGAAAUGGAGAGAAAAGUCAACAUGCAGAGAGACAGCAGCAGCAGCUUUGACUUUGACCCAGAGCUCAUAGACAUGGCUCAGAAGAUGGGAGCAGCCCUGCAGGUGCCUGAGAGCGUCGUGUGGACUAAACCAUCCAAGGGCUCCAAGUCCAAACUGAGCUCGGGAGCAGCUACUCUGAGCCCGGGCGCUCCCCUUGGCACUAACCAAACCCUGGGUCAGGCCAUGUCUUCUGCUGCCAGCUACAACAAGAAUAUCCAGUCACCAACAAAACCCUCCACCUCACUUGACCCUGACCCAGACGUGGACAGUGUUCCCAGCCCGCCUUCUGAUCCUCCAGGUUCCCCAGAACCAGCCCAAUCAGAGGACCCCCGACCCAAAACGUCCAAGAGAAAAUCAAAGGUGGAGGAAUGAAUUCAUAUGGAGGGAUCGUCGCCAUGUUGUCCAAAUUCACCCCCCCUGUUGAGAAGGAAGAUUUAGCAUUCGAACUCUCUAAAUCAUGAGGUGUAGCUGCAUAGGGUGAGUGUUUUGCUUUUCAGUAAAAUAGGCGGUUUUUCUUUUUUCCGGCACUCUCACUUGGUGGUCAUGAAAUGGUCUAAACAAGCAAUUGUUUAACGUUGUUUACAAAAAAAUAUAUACUUGUUUGUACCCGAGACGAUCGAAUUUCAAACAGUGGGUUGACGGGAGUGGAAACGCAUGCUGCUAAGAUAAAUAUCAGUGUUGUACAAAGAUGCUUACACGAUUAUAAUGCUUUGUGAUAUAAAUAGAAAUGUUUUUGUCAGGUCCAAACAGAAAAUUAUAUAUGUCAAAUGUCAUGAGUAUAUAGAGUAAUGCAUUUCCAAAUGACAUUCAAGAGUGGUGUACAGAUUUCCUACCUCUUGUGCUUAUUUAUUGAUUUUCCGGUCCUUCAUUCAGUAGCUGGUGACAGGUUUGCAUUUGCAAUCAAUAAAUGUUAAAAGGCCAAGAACGUACAUUUAUUUUCAACAUAUUGCAUGUUAAAUGUUUGGAUAUGGUAGCUUGCUGUCAAGGAUUCCUACAAUGAGUAACAAUAACUUUGGUAAUCCA